UUUUACAUGUUUCUUUUUAUUACAAUCGACUGGAUAAGUGUUAUAUUUGCUGAAUAUUAAUUUUUUAAAUGUGGAGAUUAUAAUAUGUUACAUUUUACACACGCGCUACAUACUUGCUACUUUCAAAAAGUAAUUGAAAAUGAGAACGUUGUAAAACCAAAUGGAAAUUAAGGCUGUGCAAUUUUUAGUUUCCUUACUUGCUGUUACGUAUCAUGACUUGGAAACACCCAAAUCUGUAAAUGCUAAGGAAUCAGAUGAGACAGCUUUACGUGAAGCACUACUAUUGGUUGAACUUUUAAAGUCAGAAUAUUCUAAAAUACUACGAGAAAGAAACCAACCUGAAAUAGAUGUCGAUGGAAAGAAUCUUGAAACGUGUGCAACAAGAUUUAUGACAAAUACCGCCACGGAGGCAGUGUCUCCACUGACAGAAAACGCAGGACGUAAAGUAGAAUUUUCCAGCCCAAAACCUUUCAGUGCCUACGGAUUUUUGCAAUCUCAUCCUAAUUACAUUCAAAGGAGAAGAUUCAAUGGCUAUCGAGACUAUUACGGAAAUUAUAACCCACCUCAAAUGUGGCGCAGGAUGGAUUACGAAAACGUUUUUGGACCGCAACCAAACGCAACUACUUCUACCUCACAAGCCACCGAAAAAACUACAGUCUCACAAGCUGAGUCUUCAACCGUCUCCAGUUCCACAAAACCUGAUAUUUCUAUUAACGUGACAACACCAUUACCAAGCUCUAUAUCCACCAGUACCAAGGAACUUGAUUCGCAGUCUCUAUCCACCUCAAAACCCCCCACCUCGGCAAAACAGAAUACUGUGUCAUCCCCAACACCCCCAACGACUCCAUCUUCAGCGGCGCCUACCACCCACAAAACCAUUUUACUGACAUCUAGAACUAACAAUAAGUUGAAAAGUACAAAGGCACUCACGAUAUAUAAAAAAAAAGAUACUAAAGCGUCAGAACCAAAGAAACUACACUUAAAUUUAGAAGUGAUAACAAGCCCAGUUCCUAUAACCGAUCCUGAACAAGCACAAGUAGUAUCAGAACUUGAACAAGAACUUGAAUCUGAGAUAGCAUAUUCCUCUAGUUCAUUAUCACCAUCGUCUCGGUGGCAUAUAACAUGGCGGCCCACCACCAGAAUACAUUUAGCCGGCAGCACUCGAUAUCCUAUACCACUACCUGUAAAUCACGCCUUCUGUUUUACCAACCCUGAAAGCCCUUUGUGUCGCACGUUUAUCAAAUAAAAUAAAAUAAAAAAAAACAUAUAUGGAAGUAUUAAAUUAAAUAAAUAUUUACAAUCAUUAAACGUAUUACAAUCAGUAGUUUGCGUGUUAUAUGU